UCUUAAAGUUUGUCAGGCGCGGUGUGAAAGCAGAUCUACACAAUGAGACAGCUAGCGUGUAUCCUGAUCGCAUUGGCGAUCGCAGGUGUUUAUGGCGAUGAACCGGACAAGUUAGUAAAUGGAAUACCCACCACCAUAGAGAAGAACCCGCAUUGUGUCUCCCUAAGAAUCAAGAACAGCCAUUUUUGCGGCGGUAGCAUAAUAGAUGAAAAGUUCAUCUUAACUGCUGGACAUUGCGUGGCGCUCCUAGUUCAGAACCCCAGUCUAAAGCAACAAGCGACCGUCGUUACUGGCACAACCUACCUCAAUUCGGGUGGACAGCAUUAUGAAAUAAAAAAUGUGUGGUACCACGAUAAUUAUAAUCCUCGCGCUUUGGGUAGAGGCCCUUAUGACCUCGGUUUGAUAGAGCUUACCGGGCCGAUUCAAUUUGACGAAAAAACCCAGCCAAUUAAGCUCCCAACAAAGGAUGUGAAAAAGGGUGACAGUGUUACAAUCGCUGCCUGGGGUUCUACGGGCUUCAGAAAAACUAUGCAUAAUGAAUUGCAAAAAUUGAACGCAGGUGUCAUGCUUCCAAACGAAUGUCAGACUUAUCACAGUUUGUUUAUGAGGAUUCAUCAGAAGAACGAGUUCUGUACCCUCAUCAAGAAAGGAGUUGGAUUGUGCAAUGGUGACAGCGGUAGCGGACUGUAUGACGAUGAAACCGGAUGUAUUGUCGGUUUGGUAUCUGGUGGAAGACCGUGCGCCGAAGGUUAUCCAGAUGUAUACACCAAAGUUUAUCCCUACAUUUCGUGGAUCAAUGAAAAAAUGGGAAAAUAAUAUCUUUCUUCCUGUAUUACAUAUUAUUAAUACUUAAUAAAUUUUAUUGAGCAAAUGUA